UGUUUGGUCAUAAACAAUUUCUGCUCAUUGAGUAGUAAAAUUAUGGCUCAAAUUCAUAAGAUUGAGGUCCAAACUCAGACAAGGUCAUCUCCUGACAGAGUGUUUGAUAUAUACAAGAACAAAAGUUACCUCAUGCCAAAGAUUAGUCCAGACAAGUUGCAGAGCAUUGAGGUAAUUGAAGGAGAUGGAAUCAGCGUUGGUUCUGUCAGGCUCUGGACUUAUGUCAUGGGUAUACCUGUGAUUGCCAAAGACAGGAUUGAUGCAGUUGAUGAGGAAAAAAUGUCAAUCACAUUUGAGCUAAUUGGUGGAGAGGUUACAAAAUAUUUCAAGAGUUUCAAGGCCACACUCGAGGCCACUGCCAAAAGUGACAAGAAUAUAGUGAAAUGGAGCCUUGAAUAUGAGAAGGCCAGUGAAGAUGUGCCCACUCCACACUCUCAUCUAGAGUUUCUGGUAAAUGCCUUGAGAGAUGUGGAUGCUUAUCUUCUCAAAGCAUAGGAAAGGAUAUUUAUUCCAAUGGAUCGAAUAAAAUUAGACAGAAUCCAAACCUUGCUUUCUGUCUAGUUUGAUCUUUCCGUUUUCAGUAGGGUGUACCAAACGUGUUCUAUUUGUUUUGGCGAUAAAUCUAGUUUGCAUGGUGUGGUUUGUUUAGCUUUUGUAAUUUGGUAUUCUAAGUACUCAUUUGUCCAUUGUGGGUUAGUUUGUUAACCUUCCCAUGCUUGUGUUGUUAUCAUGUGUCAAUGUCCGUAUUACUUCUAUGCACAAGAGGUUAGAUA